CUUGGCGUUGUACCAGGGUUUGCCUGAGAGGGUGAGGCAGUUGGUGGAUGAGGCAGGCUUCGGGGAGUUCAUACAGACCCUUACCCCGGCCAGAAAUGACCAUGCUGUCCUGGUUGCACUUGCAGAGAGGUGGAGGGAUACCACCAACACCUUCCACCUACCGCUCGGGGAGAUGACGGUGACGCCUACUGACUUUGCGGCGAUCACCGGCUUGACGGUUGGAGGUGAACCUAUCCCGUUUGAUUCGGGCAUUGAGGAGGACGAGGAGCCUUGGAAUGGUUCUUGGGAGAGGUGCCCAAGGUUGAGGAGGGGAUGGCAAGAUAUGGACAGUUUACCAGAUACCUCACAAAGGAGGUGGCGACUGAGCAGGAGGCGGAGCAGAUGGCCCGGGCGUACCUGUUGUACCUUUUUGGUGCUACCCUGUACCCGAAUAGGCGUAGCAAGGUUCACCUAUCGUACUUGCCUGCACUAAGGGAUCUGAGGACAGCCUCACGCUUUGACUGGGGAGGAGCUGCACUUGGCGCAGCUUAUGGCUUUAUGGGGGACUCGUCGAGGACAGAGAUGAGCACUGCUGGGUACUGGCGGAUUUGGGAGCUCUGGGCCUAUGAAGUUUUGAACAUGUGUCGUCCAGUGACGAAGAGCCUAGACUUGGGGAUCCUCCCGCGUGCUCAUAUCUGGAGCAAGAAGAACAUGGGAGAGAAGAGAGGGAGAGGUGACCUGAAUGGCUUCAGGAUAUACCUAGACGAGCUUCGACCCUCACAAGUAUGA